GCGUGUGUUUACAGAUAACUCCAUGCAGUCCAGAGUCUAAAAUCACCUAAGCGCACCGGCGUUUCUGGAGCGCCCAGAAUUUAUUGCGCAGGGAAACACCAUGCCGGGGCGCAAGGUUGAUCCGGAGAGGGAGCGGCGUUUGUUUGCCUUCAGCCCCGGCCUCCGCCCGGCCCCUCCGGGCUCUUCCCUCUGAUAGGCGAAAGAGCAGCUCUUGCGCAACAGGCGGGCGGAGGCUGCGCAGCCAUCGGCCAUCAGCUCUGAAAUUAAGGAGAGCAGAACUGGGAGGUCGGUUUCUCUCUCUCUGGCCGGUGAGUUUCCUUUCCUGGGGGGAUCAGGAUUGAAGUUGCCUAUUCCUUCCUUCCUUCCUUCCUUCCUUCCUUCCUUCCUUCCUUCCUUUCUUUCUUUCUUUCUUUCUUUCUUCUUGCAGCGUUCCUUUUCCCCCCUCUGCGUUUUAACAGCUGCGCCAGGUGGAAAUGGAACAGAAGAGAGUGUUUCUGAGCAUGUGUAGAUUUGGCUUCAGCCCAGUAAGCUACUAGGCGGUGUUGACAGAGCAAAAAUAAUAAUAAUCAUGUUCAAUUUUAUGUGAUUUUGUUGGUUAAUAGUUAAUGAGAGCAAUACUUCUCAUGUAUUGGGCGGGGGGUCCUUUUAUUUUUGUUUUAUUUUGGGAAUGUGUGUAUUUGACACAGCGAGGCUCCAUGUUAGGAGAAGCUUUCUUUCCUGGGUGACUGGAAAGGGUUGUGACUUCUAAGAGGCCACAUUUUACCUGCAGUUUCACAUCAUUUGAUAUCUAUUAUUAGUAUUGGUAUUGGUAUUUAGUACAGUGGUACCUCGGGUUAAGAACUUAAUUCCUUCCAAAGGUCCGUUCUUAACCUGAAACUGUUCUUAACCUGAAGCACCACUUUCGCUAAUGGGGCCUCCCGCUGCCGCCGCGCCACCAGAACACGAUUUCUGUUCUAAUCCUGAAGCAAAGUUCUCAACCCAAGGUACUAUUUCUGGGUUAGCGGAAUCUGUAACCUGAAGCGUAUGUAACCUGGAGCAUCUGUAACCCGAGGUACCACUGUAUUUGGGAAAAGAAAAAGGCUGCAGAGUCAACCCUACGCAAAUCCAGAGUGGAGUCCCUAAGACAGGUGGAUGCUGCCUUGUACGCCAGUGUGGUGUAGUGGUUAAGAGCGAUGGACUCGUAAUCUGGUGAACCGGGUUCGAUUCCCCGCUCCUCCGCAUGCAGCUGCUGGGUGACCUUGGGCUAGUCACAUUUCUCUGAAGUCUCUCAGCCUCACUCACCUCACAGAGUGUUUGUUGUGGGGGAGGAAGGGAAAGGAGAAUGUUAGCUCCUUUAGUGAUAAAGCAGGAUAUCAAAUCCAAACUCUUCUUCUUCUUCUUCUUCCUCUUCCUCUUCUUCUUCUUCCUCCUCUGGCAACUCCUUCAGCCAAGCUGGUACCAAACAUAUUGCUCUGUUUUCCUUUGAACCACAUCAGUGAGGCUGAGAGGGGGGUCUUGUUGUCUGGGCAGCCCAGGAUCUCCACACACUGCCCAGGCUUGCGCCCCGGGGAGGUCAGUUUGGGGCUCCCUACAUCUACACAGCAGUUUGACUUUGCCCCUGGAGCAGCGCUCUGUUGUCUUUCGAGACCGACGGAUGCCAACAAGAUUGGUUUUUAGAUUUGCAAAGUGCUUACUGGCCUCAAGCGGUAUACAGUGGUACCUCUGGAUAUGCACACCUCUGGUUGCAUAUCCUUCAGAAUGUGAACACGGCAAACCCGGAAGUAUUUUCCCGGCUUUUGCCCCGUGCGCAUGCGCAGAAGCGCUCUACUGCGCCAUGCACAUGCGCAGAACAGGCACCUCCGGUUGCGAAUUCCUCGGGAUCUGACUGGAGCUCCGGAACGGAUCACGCGUGCAACCAAAGGUACCACUGUACGAAUAAAUACAGAAAUAUUUACAGAAGCAAAGUUCUUAACCUGAGGUAAUAUUUCUGGGUUAGUGGAGUCUGUAACCUGAAGCGUAUGUAACCUGAAGCGUAUGUAACCUGAGGUACCACUGUAAUGGGGAAGGCUGUGCUGCUUGAAUUGCUGCCUUUACUACCCUUUUAAAAAAUAAUAAUAAUAAUAUAGCAUUCCUUUCAGAAAGUGGUGAUAACCCUAGAAGUCAGUGUCUAUUGACCUUUACAGUCAAAUUGCAUUGCACACCUUUCGAAAGAGCUGUAGCUUAGUGGCAGAGCAUGUGCUUUGUAUACGGAAGGUUCUGGGUUCAAUUCCUGGCAUCUCUCGUGAAAAGGAUAAAGUGGCAGGUGAUAGGAUUGUUGCUGCCAGUCCGAGUAGGCACUGCUGGGCUUGAUGGAGCCUGGUGCAAGGCACUUCCUCUGUAAGGAAAUGUGUACAGGACUGCAGCUGAAUGGUUUAUUGAAACCCCAGGGUGUGGCAUGGAUGCUAAAUAAACAAACUUAGGACCAUUCGCCUUGGAUAAUCAAAUAUAAGCUUACAUCAACUUCUGUUCUGCCCUUCCCUGCGGCAGGAAAAGCUUUUCUUGUGCAAGAAAAGGGCAGGUAGGCAGCUUUUAGGAAAGGGGUGGGGGAACCUCAGCGCCCCGCACCACUAGCCUCUAUGGGUAAGACGCCCCUGCAUAUUUUGUUAUGUGCAAAUGGCUUUAGAUACCUCCUAGGUCCAUAAACUAGGGACGCAGGUGGCGCUGUGGGUUAAGCCACAGAGCCUAGGACUUGCCGAUCAGAAGGUUGGCAGUUCGAAUCCCUGCGAUGGGGUGAGCUCCCAUUGCUUGGUCCCUGCUCCUGCCAACCUAGCAGUUCGAAAGCAUGUCAAAGUGCAAGUAGAUAAAUAGGUACCGCUCCGGCGGGAAGGUAAACGGCGCUUCCGUACGCUGCUCUGGUUCGCCAGAAGCGGCUUAGUCAUGCUGGCCACAUGACUCGGAAGCUGUAUACUGGCUCCCUUGGCCAGUAAAGCGAGAUGAGCGCCGCAACCCCAGAGUCGGCCACGACUGGACCUAAUGGUCAGGGAUACCUUUACCUUUACCUAUGUCCAUAAAAUACCACAGAGCAUAUAUUCAACACAAAAAACAGCGACAAUUUGUUGUUGACAAAGGACAGCUGGACAUAUAAAGGGGCUGCAUUACCUUCAGUAGCUUAGGGCCUCAUCAAACCUAAAUCCGGCCCUGACCGUGAUCAACUCCCGCCCGAAACCUACGUCCCCACUGUCGAAGGAUGUGUGGAUCCAGAAUUGGCCUCCACGGUCACUUACAGACUCACAGUUAAAACUGUGUUUAUGGAAGACAAUCUUACUCGGCUACGAGUGAUCGCCAAAGAAGUAGAUGUAAGUUCAGGCUUAAUGGCCUGGGUCUGCACUAAGAGGCAGCCGAGAUGGUCCCCAAUCCCUGUUAAAUAGCUCCAGCCCCUAACAGGAGUCAACUUCAGCUCUGUAUUGCUCAGUAGUAAAUUGCAGCCUUUUGCUUACAUGGCAUUGAGCUGGGCUGUAUGUAGCAUAAACAAGACCUUGGAGGACAACGUCUCUGCUUUACAUCAAGCAUUCUCACCAUCCAGAAGACGCUUUUAUAUGUGUGUUUACCUGACCUCUGGCUGCUGUCUCUGCAGCCAUAAUUCUUCCAAACUAAACAUAUCACCGUUAUGGUCUGUAGGGGUGGGAUGAAAUAGAAGGCCAAGUUUUCCUGAUUUCCACCAUCUGUCUUGCUAUCGCAUGUUGUGCCGUAGUGCAGAGCAUAGGUUCUCCCUCACUCCAGUUUCACGCUGACAAAAGGUGUUGUUGUUUAGUCGUUUAGUCGUGUCCUACUCUUCGUGACCCCAUGGACCAGAGCACGCCAGGCACUCCUGUCUUCCACUGCCUCCCGCAGUUUGGUCAGACUCAUGUUUGUAGCUUCAAGAACACUGUCCAACCAUCUCAUCCUCUGUCGUCCCCUUCUCCUUGUGCCUUCCAUCUUUCCCAACAUCAGGGUCUUUUCCAGGGAGUCUUCUCUUCUCAUGAGGUGGCCAAAGUAUUAGAGCCUCAGCUUCAGGAUCUGUCCUUUCAGUGAGCACUCAGGGCUGAUUUCCUUAAGAAUGGAGAGGUUUGAUUUUCUUGCAGUCCAUGGGACUCUCAAGAGUCUCCUCCAGCACCAUAAUUCAAAAGCAUCAAUUCUUCAGCGAUCAGCCUUCUUUAUGGUCCAGCUCUCACUUCCAUACAUCACUACUGGGAAAACCAUAGCUUUAACUAUAUGGACCUUUGUCGGCAAGGUGAUGUCUCUGCUUUUUAAGAUGCUGUCUAGGUUUGUCAUUGUUUUUCUCCCAAGAAGCAGGUGUCUUUUAAUUUCGUGACUGCUGUCACCAUCUGCAGUGAUCAUGGAGCCCAAGAAAGUAAAAUCUCUCACUGCCUCCAUUCCCCUUCUAUUUGCCAGGAGGUGAUGGGCCCAGUGGCCAUGAUCUUUGUUUUUUUGAUGUUAAGCUUCUGACCAUAUUUUGCACUCCCCUCUUUCACCCACAUUAAAAGGUUCUUUAAUUCCUCCUCACUUUCUGCCAUCAAGGUUGUAUCAUCUGCAUAUCUGAGGUUGUUGAUAUUUCUUCCGGCAAUCUUAAUUCCGGCUAGGGAUUUAUCCAGCCCAGCCUUUUGCAUGAUGAAUUCUGCAUAUAAGUUAAAUAAGCAGGGAGACAAUAUACAGCCUUGUCGUACUCCUUUCCUAAUUUUGAACCAAUCAGUUGUUCCAUAUCCACCUGCUGGAUUUUUGUCAAAAAGCAGCCACGUAAUUUUGGCAUAACUUCGGGACAUGAGCUCCGCGCAAGGCAUGACGUAUAGCAGCAACAACUGGUAAAAGAUAGACGUAAUAUUUUACAAGGACAGGAAGAAACAAUCUGGACAGAAUAAAUGUCACACACAGGAAGAACAAGGAUACAGUAUGAGAUCUUCACUUGUAGACAUAAACCAUUUUAUGUGUCACCACGAAAAGAAGUUAUAAAUAUUGCUGCUGUUGUAUAAGGGGUUACUAUGAUGACUGGAAUGUAAUUGAGAUCAAUAAGAUUUUGGAACACAGAAAUAAAGUAAAUCGUCAAACCAUAAAUUGUAGCACACUGUGGGGGGGCACCUAAAUUAUAUAAUUUGGUGUUUGAAUGAUUGAUAUUAGGAACUGUAUUAUAAUUUAAAAAAAAAAUCCUUCCAGUAGCACUUUAGAGACCAAGUCGGUCUCUAAGGUGCUACUGGAAGGAAUUUUUUUUUAAUUUUGUUUCGACUAGGGCAGACCAACAUGACUACCUACCUGUAACUUGUCUUAUAAUUUAACAUUGAUAUAAUGAGGCUAUUAUUGGAUUAUUGUAAUUGAAAACUAAUAAAAAUUAUUACAAAAAAAGCAGCCAAGUAAAAUAAGUCCAUUCAAGUUUCUAUUCCUUUUUUUCCUUUCUCCUUCUGUGUUGGAAGUCCUAUUUGAGGACUUCCCUGGCUUUUUUCUGACCCAUGUAGGACCAGUCUGGAUAGUUAGCCUUGGUGAAGACAUGACGUUUUUAUCCCAAAAAAAGUUUCUGAUUGAGUUUCCACUGAAAUGAGGCUGCAUUUUAAUGUUUUAAUGUUGUAUUUUAAUCUUGUUUUUUAAGCUGUAUUUCAAUCGAUUGUUUUUAUAUUUGGUGUUAGCCGCCCUGGGGAGGACGGGGUAUAAAUAAAAUUUAUUAUUAUUAUUAAAGUCCACAAGAUGCUGCUGGCAGUGGACAGCAUUUUGCGCUCUAUAAAAUCCAGGUGGGCACCAAAUGUUUUCUCUGUUGCAAUCGCUCUUGGGACAGCUGCUCUUAGGUCUACUGAACUGUUGCACACAGAGGACUGUGGGGAUUAUAUUGCGUGCUUUGCACCACUUUUUUACAGUCUGAAGGAAGCUGCUGUUUAAUCAUUAAGCCACAGAGCCUGGUGAAGAAGGAAACUUGCAGUCAUCCCCUUUUCACUGAGCACGAGUUUGAUAGCAAGAGCUUUAUUUACAGGGCAAUGAUGCAGAUAUGGAGCAUAUGCUGUUGGGUUAUACGUUUAUGCUUCCACUGCCAAAAGGGGAAAAAGGAUUGUGCUUUUAUUGCUGUCUAACUAUAAAACUAGUGCAAAAGUUAACUUUAAUUUUUGACCUUCGAACAGCGAGUCCAGCCAUAGUUUUAUACCCUCUAACACAGUGGUCUCCCUUUUGGGGGGGAACCACUUUAAAAUCACUGGGAAGUCUCAGCAAACCACCUAAUAAUAAUAAUAAUAAUAAUAAAUGUGUGUGCAUUCUGCAAAUCAAAGCACAUACAAAACAUUUGGUUUCCCAUAACCAUGGCCUUGCUGUUCUAAUGAGAUGGGUGAAGAAAAGUAAAAUAUAUAUAUAUAUUUUCCAUCAGCGAACAGCAUCUAUGUUGGCAAAUCAGCACCCAGCCAAAGGACAUUUCCCCUCUGUUCAGUAAUCUGGUCAAAAUGGCUUCAGCCUCAUAGAACCAUAGAAUUGUAGAGUUGGAAAGGACUUUGAGCAUCAUCUAGUCCAGCCCCCUGCAAUGCGGGAUUAAAAAAAAAAAAUAAUUAUUUGAUUUCACAAGUAUAAAAUUAUAACACUACAAACAUCCACAUCCACAUUUAAAGAUUCCUUCGAAUCUCUAGACGUCCCACCUUUCCUUCCAUUGGUCCUAUUAUUAACCUUUUCUACUGUAUAUUUUCCAACAGUCCAUAUUUUAAGUCGUUCCAUUUUGUUCAUAGUAUUGGCUACAUUACAAGUGCUAUUGCAAUCCUGCUAAUGUUUUCAUCCAAGAGAAAUUAUAAAUUUUUCCCAUUCUUUUUGAAGUUUUGGUCUUCAUGGUUCCUGAGCUCUCCAGUCAGUUUCGCCAUUUCGGCGUAGUCCAACAGUUUAAUUUGCCAUUCUUCUCUGGUAGGGACUUUAUCUUCUUUCCAUCUCUGUGCUAGUAGCAUCCGUGCGGCUGUCGUCACGUACAUAAAAAGUCUUUUCUGCUCCUUUGGAAUAUCAGCACCUACAAUUCCUAAUAGAAAAGCCUCUGGUUGUUGUUUUUUAAAAUAAAAGUUAGUUUAAACAUUUUUUUCAACUCAUUAUAUAUCAUUUCCCAGAAUGCUUUUUUUAACCUUACACUUCCACCACAUAUGGUAAAAGGUGCCUUCUUUUCUUUACAUUUCCAGCAGAUAUUUGUACCUGUCUUAUACAUUUUUGCUAGUUUACUAGGAGUCAAAUACCAUCUGUACAUCAUUUUCAUUUCUUUCAUGCAUGCCGAAAAAUGUAAGUCAGUUUUCCAUAACCUUUCCCAAUCUGAAAAUUGGAUCCCUCGCCCAGCCCCAACCCUGGUUUAAAUGCAUAGAUUUGCUGCCAUUCCAUUAAGUUUGGCUCCUUAGUGCUGCUAAAGUUGUUUAUUUUGCGGCUUAUCCAGAAUUGAUCCGAACUAAUGGCCUCUUAAACAUCGUGCUGGGUUUUUCCAGCAAAAACAACACAAUCUACUUCCUUCAUCCAAUAUGACUAAUGAAGCCGACUGCAGUCCACAAAAGCUUUAGGCAUAAUAAAUUUGGGGUAGCCUUUAAGGUGCCACAAGACUCUGGUUUUAGUCACCAGAUAGUCUCUUUGCCCCCAACUUUUAAGGGAUUAAAUUCAGGGGGGUGGAUGCAAGGUGGCAAAAGUUCUCUCAGUCUGCUUUGCAAAGCCUGGGUCUGGAAAGGAGAAGGAAACGGUCGAAAGAGCUGAGUCAUUUGUCCUGAGUACAACAUGAGCGCUCUGUGUAUAUCAAAUAUAGCAGCCUUGCGAAAUUUCACUGAACGUCAUCCACUUUCCCCAACUUCCUCCUGUCAGGAGAAGUCUGCAGGGCGAGGGAAAACAGAAUAAUAGGGAGCAACUCCCUGGGAGGAAAAGUUGCAACAUUCGGGACUUUUUAGUUUAGAAAAAGAUGAGUAAAGGAGGGGGAAUGCGACAGAAGUAUAUAAAACUAUGUUCACAUGUGGUGGGGAUGGAAAUAUGUACAUUUGGGGGGGGGCAAAGGAUGUUUAAGGAGAUAACAGAAAUCACUGGGUUAAAGCUGACCAAAAGUCCAGAAGUAGCAUUAUACAGUGGUACCUCAGGUUAAGUACUUAAUUCGUUCUGGAGGUCUGUACUUAACCUGAAACUGUUCUUAACCUGAAGCACCACUUUAGCUAAUGGGGCCUCCUGCUGCCGCCGCGCCGCCAGAGCACAAUUUCUGUUCUCAUCCUGAAGCAAAGUUCUUAACCUGAAGCACAAUUUCUGGGUUAGCGGAGUCUGUAACCUGAAGCGUAUGUAACCUGAGGUACCAUUGUAAUCAAUUUUCGAUGGGGUGGAAGGUUCACAGGCUAGGAAGAACCUGCUCACAAAUCUAUUGGCAGCUGCACGAAUUAUUACAGCUAGGAAGUGGAAGGGGCAAGCAGAAUACAAAAUGGAAGAAUGGUAUAAAGAGGUGUGGGAUAUAGCUAUUAACGAUAAAUUAACAUGCGCCAUUAAGGUAAGACGGGGAAGAUGCAGGAGAAAUGAUUUUGAGGAGAAUUUGUAGAAUUCACCAGGAUUUGGGUGAUGGUGAAGGAACUGCUGAAAGUGGUAUGAUGCUGCUUUAAAUGUGUGGUGCUUUCUUGUACCAGAGAAGAAUGACAAACUAAGCUGUUGGACUACGCUGAAAUGGCAAAACUGACCGGAAGGCUCAGGAGCCAAGAAGACAAAAACUUCAAGAAAGAAUGGGGGGAAAUAUAUAAUUUAUUUAGGAGACCACUGUAAGCAGAGGAAAACAUUAGCAGGAUUUUAAUAACACUUGUAAUGUAACAAAUAAUAUGGACACAUACAAAAUAUAGAUUAUAAAAUAAUACGCAGUUGAAAAUGUUGACAAUGGGACCCAUGGAGGGGAAGGCAGGAAGUCUGGAGCUUCAGGGAAAUCUCUAAAUAUGGAUAUGUAUUUGGUGUUGCUAUAACUCUACACUUGUAAAAUCAAAUAAAAAUUAUUUCAAAAAUAAAUAAAUGUGUAGUGCUUACUCUGAAAGAAUCCUGGGAAAUGUAGUUCACCCUUCAUAGGGUUAGAAUGCCCAAUCAGCUUAACAAACUACACUUCCCAGGAUUCUGUGGGGGGAAGCCGUGACUCUUAAAGUGGUACAAGGAUUCUUUAAAGCAGCCUUUCUCAACCUGUGGGUCCCCAGAUGUUGUUGAACUACAACUCCCAUCACCCCUAACUAGCAAGACCAGAGCUCAGGGAUGAUGGGAGUUGUAGUCCAACAACAUCUGGGGACCCACAGGUUGAGAACCACUGCUUUAAAGGAACACUGUGGAUGUGACCUUUGACAUGGCACCUGAGUAUUCCAGGUUAUCAACAUCUGUUUGUAUAGCGCCUUCGGGCAGCUCGCACUCAUGGCUCUACCCACAGAACCUGUGAUAGGAGCGGUACCUGUCAGGCUUCAGGGAAUUGGCUUCCCUGCAACGCGCUCUACGUGGAGCUACCUUUGAAGGUGACCCGGAAACUGCAGUUAAUCCAGAAUGCGGCAGCUAGACUGGUGACUGGGAGCAGCCACCGGGACCACAUAACACCGGUCCUGAGAGAUCUGCAUUGGCUCCCAGUACGUUUCCGAGCACAAUUCAAAGUGUUGGUGCUGACCUUUAAAGCCCUAAAUGGCCUUGGUCCAGUAUACAUGAAGAAGCGUCUCCAUCCCCAUCGUUCAGCCCGGACACUGAGGUCCAGCUCCCAGGGCCUUCUGGCGGUUCCCUCCCUGCGAGAAGUGAGGUUACAGGGAACCAGACAGAGGGCCUUCUCGAGAGUGGCGCCCACCCUGUGGAACACCCUCCCUUGAGAUGUGAAGGUAAUAAGCCCUUUGCUAAAUAAUAAUAAUAAUAAUAAUAAUAAUAAUAAUAAUUUAUAAUUUAUUUAUACCCCGCCCAUCUGGCUGGGUUUCCCCAGCCACUUUGGGUGGCUUCCAACAAAAUAUUAAAAUACAAUGGUCUGUUAAACAUUAAAAGCUUCCCUAAACAGGGCUGCCUUCAGAUGUCUUCUAAAAGUCUGGUAGUUGUUUUUCUCUUUGACAUCUGGUGGGAGGGUGUUCCACAGGGCGGGUGCCACUACCGAGAAGGCCCUCUGCCUGGUUCCCUGUAACUUGGCUUCUCGCGGAGAGGGAACCGCCAGAAGGCCAUUGGCGCUGGACCUCAGUGUCCGGGCUGAACGAUGGGGGUGGAGAUGCUCCUUCAGGUAUACUGGACCAAGGCCAUUUAGGGCUUUAAAGGUCAGCACCAACACUUUGAAUUGUGCUCGGAAACGUACUGGGAGCCAGUGUAGGUCUUUCAAGACUGGUGUUGAAAGUGGUGCUUCAGGUUAAGAACAGUUUCAGGUUAAGAACGGACCUCCGGAACGAAUUAAAUACUUAACCCAGGUACCACUGUACUGUCUUCCUGCUCCUGGGAAGAUUCAGGAUCAAGAGGAAUGCAGCCAUCCUCAGCACGAUCCCUGACAGUACCCAAACAGUAACGUAAACCAACGUUCCUUUUCACCGCUCACAUCUCUCCUUAUCGCUUCGCAGAUUUGACGCUGUCCCAAGAUGACAACAGUUGGAUUGGUGUCUUCGUGUGCCGGUGUGCGUCCCAUGGUGCCUUUGCUGAGGCAGGGGGUUCAGAAAAUGAGAUCGUCCCAGUUCCACACCACAGCCAGGUCUGCUUCGAAGGAUUACUACGAGGUGCUUGUCCUAGGAGGAGGCACCGGCGGGGUCUCCAUGAGUGCACGGAUGAAGCGAAAAGUUGGAGCUGGCAAUGUGGCAGUUGUUGAGCCCAGUGAGGUAAAAAUAUGGCUCUCCCUCUUCUCCUUCUGCCUCCAUCCCAGUGGGCAGCAAGUUCCUAAUAUUAAUAGUUACCUCCCAUGCAUCACAUUCCUCUCCCACUGGCAUUAGAGACAGAAUAAUCUUGAGAAGUUCUCUCUCACAGCUGAGCAGGGGUGGGGUGUAUAUAAAUUUGCUAAAAAAACCCAAUGUGCAUAAUUUCAAUUAGCUGGUGCUAGGCCUGCUGGGACGCGGGUGGCACUGUGGGUUAAACCACUGAGCCUAGGGCUUGCCGAUCAGAAGGUCAGCGGUUUGAAUCCCUGCGACGGGGUGAGCUCCCGUUGCUCGGUCCCUGCUCCUGCCAACCUAGUGGUUCGAAAGCACGUCAAAGUGCAAGUAGAUAAAUAGGUACUACUCCGGCGGGAAGGUAAACGGCGUUUCUGUGCGCUGCUCUGGUUCGCCAGAAGUGGCUUAGUCAUGCUUAGCCACAUGACCUGGAAGCUGUACGCCAGCUCCCUUGGCCAAUAAAGCGAGAUGAGCGUGCAACCCCAGAGUCGGUCACGACUGGACCUAAUGGUCAGGGGUCCCUUUACCUUUACCCUUUAGGUCUGCUGGGGGAGAAAUUUACUGUUCGAAGUUUGUAAGCCUCGUUUAAAUUAAAAGAAGAACACUAUAAUUUAUUUAGGAGACCACUGUAAGCAGAUGAGAACAUUAGCAGGAUUCUAAUAACACUUGUAGUGUAACAAAUACGAUGGACAAUAUGGACAGAUAUAAAAUAUAGACAAUGAAAUAAAAUACAGUUGGAAAUGUUGACAAGAGGACCCAUGCCUGGGAUGGGGGGGGGGGGGGAGUCUCAAGAUUCAGAGAAAUCUCUAUAUACGGAUAUGUAUUUGGUAUUGUUAUAACUUUUCAUUUGUAAAAUCAAAUAAAAAUGAUUUAAAAUUUUUAAAGAACAACACUCCAUGGCAGGACUUUAAGCAAGCAAUCAGAGAGAGUCACCCUCAGAUCAUUUUUGCCUGAGACAAGAUGUUCUCCUGUUAAACAGGGUAGGAUUGUAUGCUGCUCAGCCACGUAUAAAUUGUCUCAGUUUUGGCCUUCAUUUUUGAUACUUAGGGGGCUGCAACAUUCCUGUCUUUUUGCAUUGCAUCUAGAACAACAAAUGCUUUUUGACCUGGAGAGAUCACUCACCGGGCGGGGUGUGGGUUGCUCUUCUAAUCUAGAAAUAGAACAUCCAGGACUUGGGCUGAGUUUACGCAUUUUGAAAUAUUAAAAUUUGUCGCCAGGUGGUGAACAUAAUCUGCAGCUUCCCUAUAUGGAGUCGGAGCGCGCAUUCAGCUGUAGGCUAGGGAGAAGGGAGACAUUUGAUUCAGUACACUUUUAAAGACAAAUCAUUGUAACUCGCACCAUGUGAGAACCAAAACGCAGCAAUCCAUCAGAAUUUGCAGUUCUCUGAAUUUUGCUCUGCUGUUCUCCAGCCAUCUAUUGUGUACAAAACUACAUACAGUGGUACCUCGGGUUACAUAUGCUUCAGGUUACAUACGCUUCAGGUUACAGACUCCGCUAAGCCAGAAAUAGUACCUCGGCUUAAGAACUUUGCUUCAGGAUGAGAACAGAAAUCGUGCUCCGGCGGUGCAGCGGCAGUGGGAGGCCCCAUUAGCUAAAGUGGUGCUUCAGGUUAAGAACAGUUUCAGGUUAAGAACGGACCUCCGGAACGAAUUAAGUACUUAACCCGAGGUACCACCGUACAUUAGAAUAAAGCAUGUAUGAAAAAUGCCCAUACAGUGGACGUUUGGGUUGCGAACGUGGUCCAUGUAGGAAGCAGGUUCACAACCCGCAGCGCCGUGUCUGUGCACGUGCGGGUUGCGAUUCGGCGCUUCUGCGCAUGCACAAAGCACAAUUUAGCACUUAUGCACAAGCACCGAAACCCAGAAGUAACCUGUUCUGGUACUUCCAGGUUCAUCGUGGUGCGCAACCCGAAAUCGCGCAACCCAAAGUGUCUGUAACCCGAGGUAUGACUGUAUUAGUGAAAAUAACAUGAGGGGAAUUUGCUUUGCAAAAGUUUAUAAUGGGCAAAGUUGCAUACAAAUGUAUAUCUUAGGAUAAAUUCACAUUGAAUACUGCUGAAUUUUUAUAAGGACCUAAGAAACAUAAUUUGCAGUGUAGAAAUGUGGAAAAAUGAGAAAUAGAGAGAAACAAAAAUUGACAGAUUUCCGCAUUCCUACUGUAACCCCGUAUUGUUUAUUCUGAGCUGUGGGCUGCUAAAGACAGGUGUUCACUAGCCCCCAUACUAAAGAUUAUUAAUUGGAGAUGUUACAAUUUAAGGACUGAGGUACAGAUGCUCCUUUCUUAUCACACCUGCUUAACUGACUUUUGAAAGAAGUCCCUCCAGUGCUCAGGCUAUGUGACUUCUGCUCCUGUUUUUCAGAAGCACUAUUUUAUUUUUUAUUUCUUUUAUUAUAAUUUUUAUUAGUUUAUUUAACAUAUCAUUUUCAACAGUAAUUAAACAUACUUUUACAUCUUAUUCAAAUUUUUGACUUCCAUCAAUCCUGUCUGAAAAUUUUCCAGUCUAAUUUCUCAGUAUGUAUUUCUUAUCUUCCCUAUUACAUUUCAAACUCAUAACCAAUAUCUCUAUCUUUUUCUACUUUGUAACACUUCGUAUAUUUCUCCUUACAAAACUUCUUGCGUAAUUUGUUGAUUACAGUUGCUCCUCAAAUAAUUCAGAUACUUCUUCCUAUCUUCUGUAAAUCUCUGGUUCCGCAGGUUUCGAAUCCUUCCUGUCAUUUUGUCCAAUUCUGCAUAGUCCAUUAAUUUCAUCUGCCAUUCUUCUUUCAUCGGAAUUUCUUCUUGUUUCUAUUUCUGGGCUAACACCCUUAUCGCAGUUGUUGCAUAUAAAAACAAUUUAACAUCAUGCCUAUUAAUGUCCUGACCUAUAAUACCAAGUAAAAAUGCUUCUGGUUUUUUAAAAAAUGUAUAUUUUCAGAAGCACUAUUAUCAGCCACUCUGGACUUUGGUCGGGGCGGGAGCAAAACCACUGGCACCUUGUUCCCGUCCAACAGCAAGUGUGAUUCCUUCCGGUGUAAAGUGGAUCCAAUCCAGAGUUCAGAAGCUGGAUCCAGACAAGAACUGUGUCCAUCUGGAGAACAACCAAAAGGUAAGCUCUCAGCUGCCUCUUCAUUUAAUCCUCUUAACUACAAAAACUGAAGCUCUGUACUUUAUGGAAACUUGUCACCUUGAUGGAGAAUAUUGGAAACUUGGGCUAGAGACAAGCAGUUGCAUCCAAUAUUAGCCCUGCUCACAGUAGACUCAUUGAAACGGAUGAACAUCACAAAUUAAUUUGGAGAUGCUAUUUAACAGCAGUCAGAUUAAAUCAAAUAAACAAGGAAUAUUCGGUGUUAUGUUGGAGGGGAUGCCAGGAAACAGGGAAUUGUGUUCACGUGUGGUGGAGGUGUAAAGACGUACAAUUAUUUUUGGUAAAGGGUGUUUAAGGAUAUAACAGAAACCACUGGGUUAAAGCUGACCAAAAGUCCAGAGGUAGCAUUAUUAUUGAUUUACGAUGGGGUGGAAGGUUCGCAGGCUAGGAAGGACCUGCUCACAAAUUAUUGACAGCUGCACAAAUUAUUAUAGCUAGGAAGUGGAAGGGGCAAGCAGAAUAUAAAAUGGAAGAAUGGUAUAAAGAGGUGUGGGAUAUAGCUAUUAACGAUAAAUUAACAUGUGCCAUUAAGGUAAGACGUGGAAGAUGCAGGAGAAAUGAUUUUGAGGAUAAUUUAUAGAAUUUAUACUAUUAAAAGGGAAAGGGGUCAAACCAUCGCAAGAGGUGUAGAAAUUUUGGGAAGUUGCUUAGUUACAAUGGAAUGGUCUCGGGGGUGGGGUGCACAUUUUAUUCUUAUUUAUUUAUUAUUAUUACUUUGUCACAAAGAAAAAGUAAAAGAAAGAAACUGAUGAACAUGGCUAACUUAGAUCCAUUUAUUUCAAUGGACCUGCUCUGAACAGGAGUUGGGUACAACCCAUUGCUUCCAGAUGGAGUGUCAUAGGAGAUUCUACAAUCACCUUGUGUGAUUGUUUUGAAGCUGCAAUACUAUACAUACAUUGACCUGGGAGCAAGUCCCAUUCAACUUAAUAAGGCUUACAUGUGAGUAGACAUCUAUAGGGUUAAUGGUCAAUGAAGCUCGUGAAAAGACAGCUUUGUAGCAUAGAUUGGCAAAGAUGCUCAAUGUAAUGAAUGACUUUCUUAUAUUACAGAUAUCUUACAAGUAUUUGAUCAUCGCCCUUGGGCUCCAGCUACAUUUUGAAAAGGUAUUUUUUUUUAUUUUAAAAAAGUCUCUGUUGGUAAAAACUCUGGUGUGAAGCAGGAUACAAAGAGUUACUUUGGGCAUCAUUUUACUGCCCAUUCUGCAUUUGUCUUAUGCAGCGCCGCUUCUGUUCUGCUGCAAUCUUGCCGUAAAUUGCAUUAUUCAACUUAAUAAUAAUAAUAAUAAUAAUAAUAUAAUAUAUUAUUUAUACCCCGCCCAUCUGGCUGGGCUUUCCCAGCCACUCUGGGCAGCUUCCAAAAAAAUAUUAAAACACUGUAAUACAUCAAACAUUAAAAGCUUCCCUAAACAGGGCUCCCUUCAGGUGUCUUCUAAAAGUCUGGUAGUUGUUGUUCUCUUUGACAUCUGGUGGGAGGGCGUUCCACAGGGAGGGCGCCACUACCGAGAAGGCCCUCUGCCUGGUUCCCUGUAACUUGGCUUCUCGCAGUGAGCUGUCCGCUGUGGUGAGAUGACAUAGCUUAUGUAAUGUUUGCAAGUGGUCCCAAAAUUAUGUCAUUACAUUGUCGUUUUGUUAAUAAUAAUAAUAAUAAUAAUUCAUUCCCUGCCCAUCUGGCUGGGUUUCCCCAACCACUCUGGGCGUCUGCCAACAGAAUAUUAAUAAUAAAAAUAAAAAAGCGAUAAUCUGUGGCAGUUAUAUUCCAAAACAUCAACAGUCCACCAGGUUGGAGUAAGCUGCUGCUGCCCAGUGCCCACUUCAGUGGGGAGUAAGCCCCACUGAAAUGCACUCCGGUGCUCUGAAAAUUCACUUUCUGAUUCUGGAGAGUCAAAUUGCCUUAAAAGAAGGCCGGGCCUUCCCCGCUGGCUGGAUUCUAAAUGUUUCUGCUGGAAAAACUAACACCAAUGAAAAUUCAUGUUUUGGUUUUUCCUUGAGACAUUAUAUUGUUUCCCAAAACUGGCCGGGGGGGGGGGGGUGGACAAAAAAUUCAUCCCCGGAAGGUAUUUCAGUCCUGAAAACAUUGCAGUUAUUUGCAUGCAGGUGUGGGGCCAGUGUGCAUUUAGAACACCGUGUUUUUCCGUGUAAAACUCGCCCCCGUGUAUAAGACAACCCCUAUUUUGGGGGAUUCCAAAUUAAGAAAAUGGGGCAGGGGGUUCCCAGAUUUUUUGAGCUUUUUUGGGGGGGGGUUGCCAUAAAUCGCUCACCCGCCUGACCAAUGCUGACAAUCACAUGCAUCACCAAAGCCACAAAUCGCCUGACCGUUCGCCGCAAGAAGCCGCCAAUCACCCACCCAAUUGCCACAGUGGCUGAAACCAAUCGCCCGUCCCCACUCUGCACUAUCCGUGUAUAAGACGACCCCCAAUUUUUAACAUUAUUUUAUAAUAGAAAAACAUCAUCUUAUACACGGAAAACUAUGGUAUCCACAAUCCAACACAGAGUUUAAUGCACUUUGAAUACCACCGAUUUCAAUGGUUUUAAGUGUACUAGAAUCUGUGAUGAGCUGGGGCCAGGAUGUUCAGGGUCUGGGUGCUGUGAGGGCACUAUUUUUUAAUUGGGAGUGUGUGCAUGCAGACUGUUUGUUCCAGAUGGUGAUCAUGACAAGACAAGUUGCAUGUACAGUGGUACCUGGGGUUAAAGUACUUAAUUCGUUCCAGAGGUCCAUUCUUAACCUGAAACUGUUCUUAACCUGAAGCACCACUUUAGCUAAUGGGGCCUCCUGCUGCCGCCGCACCGCUGGAGCACGAUUUCUGUUCUUAUCCUGAUGCAAAGUUCUUAACCUGAAGCACUAUUUCUGGGUUAGCGGAGUCUGUAACCUGAAGCGUAUGUAACCCGAGAUACCACUGUAUUUCCUGAAGGCUAACAGAGAAGGCCUGCAGGGGCCCUCUUGUGGUCUAUCUUAAGAAGCUGAAUGUAUCCGAAAGUCUAGCACUCGCUUCAUGCAUGGGAUCAGUGUGAGAGUGAAUGAGCUUUGCUUCAAAUCGGAGAAUACUCGCAGUUCAUGUUAAAAUAUGACAGUUAAUGGUGGAAUUUUGGACAUGUUUAGAAGUACAUCCAGAAUCAAAUUUCAUUUCCCUCAUCAACAAUACAACCUCUUUUAUUUAAAAAUUAGAAACAAGUCAAUUGCUCUCUGUUUCAGACUGCUCAUGUUACGUGGAGGAAGGCUUCUUUAACUUACGCAUGUGCAGGUUUUAAAAAAUCUUUAUUGAAAGGUCAAAAAGUACAUGACUAUAUGGGCACCAAACAUGGUGAGACACAAACAAAAAAGAGAAAAGGAAAAAGAGAAACAGAACCCAUGAGGAGGGAAAACAAAGGGGGGGGGACGCCCAAAAUUGUAUAUUUUACGAGGUUGCUAUUGUACUUCACCAGAUCUUAACCUAUUACAGUAUUUGUAAGAACAGAUUCCAAAUAUCAUUGAAUUUGUCCAUGGCAAGUCUGUGUUUAUAUGCAAGUUAUUCAUAUGUUGCAAGUUUGUAUAAGUCUUCAAUCCAAUCGUAGAAGGGAGCCGCAUUUUUAUUUUCCCAGUUCAUCAGGAUCAGUCAUUUUGCUGUGGUAAGGGCACCGAGAGUCCACCCAUGUUGUCCUUUUGUAAGGUUCCCUGUGCUGGGUAUAUAAUUCAAGAGGAUAUUUUGCUCUGUACAUGUAAGGUUGUUCCAUUCAGUUCUGUUGAUGGUUUCAGUUACCUCCUGCCAAAAAUCUAUCAAUAUAGGACAGUGAAAAAACAUGUUUUAGAGAAGCAUUAUCCCUAUUGCAUCUCCAACGCAUGUGCAGUUUUUACCAAAUUAUGACCCCAUAGCCUUUCAUACAUUCAGGGAGGCAUCAGUAAUUUGAGGAACAGUUAAUAUCCAAGACAGGAGCCUGCGACCCUCCAGAUGUUAUUGGAUUGCAACUCCUAUUGCCUCUAGUUAAAAGAUGCCCAACGCCCCAAUGGAUGAUGGGAGUUGUGGUUUAGCAACAUCUACAGAGCUGCAGGUUACUCAAUGCUUGCCUAUACCAACCAGGAGACUCCAUGUGAUGUAUUACACAAUAAUAUGCCUUGUUGUUUAUGCAAAGACUUGAUCUGAAUAUUUUACCAGUUACAGUGGUACCUUGGUUUACGAACUUAAUCUGUUCCAGAAGUCCAUUCUUAAACCAAAGCGUUCUUAAACCAAGGUGUACUUUCCCAUAGCAAUGGGGGACUCAAUUUACAAAUGGAACACACUCAACAGGAAGUGAAACGUGUUCUUAUUCCAAGGCAAAGUUCACAAAGCAAAACACCUCCUUCCGGGUUUGCAGCGAUCUUAAUCCAAGUCGUUCAUAAACUAAGCUGUUCUCCAACCAAGGUACCACUGUACUGAAUCAAGAUAAAUGCUGAUGUAAUAGCUCUGAUCAUGAUCUUGGUCCCAAGAAAAUCUAUAGGAAUUGCGUUACUAUGUUACUGAGGUUGGCACUUUCCUCCCAUACUCAACGUAGCUGGAAAGAAGCCACUCUCAAUUUGCAUUUCCCACGCGCCUGGCAGAAUUAAAUAUUACACAGCUAAUUUUGUUUUGUUGUAGAUCAAGGGCUUGCCCGAAGCUUUCAGCGCUCCUAAAAUAGGCUCCAAUUAUUCCGUUCACACCGUGGAGAAAACCUGGAAGGCUCUGCAAGAUUUCCAGGGAGGAAAUGCCAUCUUCACCUUUCCAAACACACCCGUGAAAUGUGCCGGAGCGCCGCAAAAGAUCAUGUACUUGUCAGAGGCGUACAUGAGAAAGGUAUGCGCUGUCUGCUACUGGAGGCUGGGCAGACUUGAUAGAUCUGUGUUGUGGCUUGAGCAGAUGGCAAGAUCUUUGCAAUGCAAAAGGGCCAGAUCUUCAUGUGCACAGAUAUUAUGCUCUUUUAAACAGCUGGGACUCUCAGCCUCUGUUCACAAAAACUUUUUAGCUAUUAGGGUGGACUUCUCUCUUCUCUCCUGAGAAAGAUGGUGGCAGGGAGGCUGUCCCUUGAUUAUAUUAUAAGAAAAAACUAAUCCUUUUCCCUUAUGGGGUAUUCCAAAGCCCAUAUAGAGUCCUUAAGUGGUUUCCCUAUCGGCAUAGCUGUCAACUUACAGAUUUGAAAAUAAGGGAGCAGCAGCCUCAAAAAUAAGGGAUCAGCAGCCAAAAUAAGGGAUUUUCUGGGCACAGGUAUGUUCAACUUCUGAGCCCCUCCGAGCCAAAGGCAAAAAGCCCAGCCAGCAGCCAAACGAAGCCUCAAGCGGUGGUUCCCACAGAGCAGCAACCCGGCAAAGGGGAUGCAGCAAGGAAAACCACCUCUCCACUGGGAAGCACUGAGCAAAGGCGAGUCCCCAGGCAACGCGGCCAAUUUGAUCGGCACAAGGCAUGCAAGCUCCACCCCCCAGUCAUUCUUAGAUUCCUUAUUGGAUGAGCAAUGCAGCCAAGCAACACAGUUGGAGCCUCCCUCCUCCCUGGCCGGCAGGGAGGGAGGGAGAGGAGCUGCUUCCUUUGAAACCCGGGAAAUUUAAGGGACAUCAUCAAUAAGGGACAGCAGCGGGACACGGCGCUGGGAUAAGGGAGUUUCCCGCCAAAUAAGGGACGGUUGACAGCUAUGCCUAUCGGUAGGAGGAAAUAACAGAGGCCAACCAGAGUAUAUUGAGAAGCAAAGCAGCUAGUAAGCUUGAUUUUUAUUCAAGGAACUGUUGCAACAGGGUCCUCACUCACCGCACGCUGGAGGGAGAACCCCAAACAAUGGUGCGCAAGCCCUUAUAUAGACUUUUGAAAUUGCCCACCCUCUAGCCCAAGACCACCCCCUAAAACAUCAUACAUGCAUCACAGAGGGUGGCAGAAAUUUGAGUGUUGCUUCUCUCCUGUCUGCCAAGAUACCUGAUAAUUCCCUACUUGGUUGCAUUAUCUGGGUAGCCUGGCCAUUCCUUUGGGAUGGUAAAUACUUAGUUCCUGAAUCUCUUACGCAUAUUGAUAGUGCGCUCAGCUUAAUAGCCUUAAAUGGCCUCGGUCCUGUAUACCUGAAGGAGCGUCUCCAUCACCAUCAUUCUGCCCAGACACUGAGGUCCAGCGCCAAGGGCCUUCUGGCGGUUUCCUCAUUGUGAGAAGUGAGGUUACAGGGAACCAGACAGAGGGCCUUCUCGGUAGUGGCGCCCGCCCUGUGGAACGCCCUCCCUUCAGAUGUGAAGGAAAGAAGAAGAAGAAGAAGAAGAAGAAGAAGAAGAAGAAGAAGAAGAAGAGGAGGAGGAGUUUGGAUUUGAUAUCCCGCUUUAUCACUACCCUAAGGAGUCUCAAAGUGGCUAACAUUCUCUUUUCCCUUCCUCCCCCACAACAAACACUCUGUGAGGUGAGUGGGGCUGAGAGACUUCAGAGAAGUGUGACUGGUCCAAGGUCACCCAGCAGCUGCAUGUGGAGGAGCGGAGACGCGAACCCGGUUCACCAGAUUACAAGUCUACUGCUCUUAACCACUACACCACAUAAGCAGCUAUCUUAUCUUUAAGAGACAUCUGAAGGCAGCCCUGUUUAGGGGAGUUUUCAAUGCUGUAUUGUUUUUAACACUUGAUUGGAAGCUGUCCAGAGUGGCUGGGGAAACUCAGCCAGAUGGGCGGGGUAUAAAUAUAUUAUUAUUAUUAUUAUUAUUAUUAUUAUUAUUAUUAUUAUUAACAGAUACUUGCCAAACUGUAUUUGAAAAGGGAGGGUUAAGCCCCUACAGUCAAAAGACCAUUGGAAAGCUUUUUCCCAUUUCCUUCCUCCUUGCAGAGAAAUAUUUGAGGUCAAUUUGGGAGAGUUAAAAUGGUUUCAGGAUUGUUCUCCUGUACUAUUUCAGACAGGUGGUUUAUAUACUUACGUAUGCGUUUGCCUUGUACAUUUAUUUUAUAGUUUAGACCUUAGAAUUCUUAUAACAAUUACGUUGAUUCAUUAAUCACAUUUUUUUCCAGCUGUGUCUGCAUAUAUUUGCAAAGGACUAAAGCAAGUGUUUUGAAGAUAGACGUGCACUUUGCUUUGCAGAUGGUGUGUGCGCAAUAGUGCGAUGUUGAAUUCCACCCUUUCCCCCAAAAAGUUGUACUAAAUUAUGUUGAAUUAAUUUGAUGGAUGUUGUAAAAAUACCAUUCUGUCUCCUGCUUCUAGUUUGCCACUAGUUUGAACCAUUACUUUUGAAUUAUCCUCUUGGUAGACUGGGAAACGACCGAAAGCCAAAAUAAUCUUCAAUACUGCCCUUGGAGUGAUUUUUGGUGUUCAGAAGUAUGCCGAUGCUCUGCUAGAGAUUAUCAAAUCGAGGGACAUUACAGUCAACUACAAAUACAACCUCGUUGAAGUUCGAGCUGAUAAACAGGAAGCGGUCUUUGAGAACUUGGACAAAAGUGGGGAGACGGAGGUCUAUCAGGUCAGCAAAAUGAGAUUUUUUCAGGUGCAUCUAUGUACAAAGCGAAUUAUUAGGACUAUUCUGAUUUUCCUGUUUGUGACCUGGAUUGGUUUCCUGUUUGUUAGAAAAGGCAGGAAAUAGUAAAUCAAAAUGUUGAUCGAAGUAUGUGAUGUGAGAAGGUGAAAAUGGUUGAUACAGUGAAGAAGUGGGGGAAAAACUUUAUAAGGACAUUAUCUUAAUACUACUACUGAUAAUAAUUGCAACAACAACAAAUAUUAUUCAUUCCCCACCCAUCUGGUCGGGUUCCCCAGCCACUCUGGGUGGCUCCCAACAGAAUAUUAAAAACACGACAAUCAUCUCUGGGAAUUCCUUUUUUCUUUUUCUUUUUUGAAGUAAUUUUUAUUGAUAUGACAAAAUAAAUCACACAAUUAAUCUUUUUUUAAAAAACCAUCUUAAACUAAAACAAGAUUCCUCCGAAUCCUGAAAUUUCCCUCCUCCCCUCCACAGGUCCUUUAUGUAUCUUAAUCCACCGCAUAUUAAUAUUUCCUUCAAAUUACUGUUCUCCAAAAUAUCCAAAGUCUUUAUAACACUGCAAGAGUUGUUCAAAGCCUGCCAAAGAGUUCAAGUGUUUCCAGUGCUCUUUUAAAUAUGAUCUAUAUCUGUCCCAUUCUCUGUUGAAGUUUUGAUCCACCUUAUUUCUGAUUUUCAAAGUCAAUCUACUCCAAUAAUUUCAUCGGCCAGUCUGCUUUUGUUGGCAUCUUACUCUCUUUCUGUCGCUGGGCAAGCAACAUCCUUGCAGCUGUAGUCGCAUAAAUGCAUCUUAGCCAGGGAAAAUUCUCUCUCAUGCUAAUCUAUAGUAUCAGAUAUUGAAAUUGAAAUACUUUAUUGUCACUUGUACAACUUGUAUACAGUGAGAUUACACGAGCACCCCCAACUCAGCUCUCUUAAUUCCCCUCAUUCACUGACGCACACCCACCAAACCCUAAAGUCAGUUGCCCUGUUAUUAUCUUUUUAUUCAGCAGCCUAACAGCCCACAGAUAGAAGCUGUUCUUUACCCUGUUGGUGCGACUAAUCCUGCUUCUAUAUCUUCUGCCUGAGGGCAGGAGAUCAAGAAAGUGGCGGCCAGAGUGUGAAUCAUCCCUGAGAAUUUUCCUCACUCUCCUGAGGCAACGUUCUUCCGCGAUGUCAUCCAGUGGAUUCACUGGACAGCCCAUAAUAUCUUGUGCUGUUUAAUAUACAGUUGUGCUUGAACUCAGGGCUGCAUUUAGGUUUGAUGAGGCCCUAAGCUACUGAAGGUAAUGGGGUCCUUUAAAUGUUGAGCUGUCCUUUGACAAACAACAAAUAGUCACUGUUUUUUGUGUUGAAUAUAUGCUAUAUGGUGAUUUAUGGAAAUAAUAGGUAUCUCAAGCCAUUUGCACAUGUUGUCAUGCAACCAGUCCAUGCAGAAUGUAGGCACCCUAUAUAUAGAAAUGAGCAAACCAGUGAUAUUUUAUGGAGCAGACUAGCAGGCAGGGCCCAUUACUUACAUGCUAGGAGCCUACACAACACAAAACACUGUUGCUGUAUGAAGUUUUUAUUUUAUUUGUUUUUUAUCUUAUCUUAUAUUUUGGAAAUGUACAUCCGGUAGUUUUUUUCCUUUAAAUUUUUUGGGGGCCCCCAAGAGAGUGGGGCCCUAAGCUAUAGCUUGUUUAGCUUAUACGUAAAUCUGACACUGCUUGAACUCUUUUCUCUUUCUCUGGGUGCAGUACGAAAUGCUUCAUGUCACACCCCCCAUGGGACCCCAAAACGUACUUCUGAACAGUCCGGUUUCAGAUGCUGGGGGCUGGGUCGAUGUAGACAAGGAGACAUUGCAACACAAGAAAUACCCAAAUGUCUUUGGGAUCGGAGACUGCACUAACCUCCCCACUUCAAAGACGGCUGCAGCUGUAGGUAAGAGUGGCUUUUGCCGUUAACUAAUUCAAUGUUAAUUCAAUCUUAGGGACGCGGGUGGCACUGUGGUCUAAACCAUUGAGCCUAGGGCUUGCCGAUCGGAAGGUCGGCGGUUCAAAUACCUGUGACGGGGUGAGCUCCCGUUGCUCGGUCCCUGCUCCUGCCAGCCUAGCAAUUUGAAAGCACGCCAGUGCAAGUAGAUAAAUAGGUACUGCUCCGGCGGGAAGGUAAACGGAGUUUCUGUGCGCUGCUCUGGUUUCGCCAGAAGCGGCUUAGUCAUGCUGGCCAUAUGACCCGGAAGCUGCCUGCGGAUAAACUCCGGCUCCCUCAGCCAGUAAAGCGAGAUGAGCGCCACAGCCCUAGAGUCGUUCGCGAGUGGACUUAACUGUCAGAAGAAGAAGAAGAGUUUGGAUUUGAUAUCCCGCUUUAUCACUACCUGAAGGAGUCCCAAAGCGGCUAACAUUCUCCUUUUCCUUCCUUCCUCACAACAAACACUCUGUGAGGUGAGUGGGGCUGAGAGACUUCAAAGAAGUGUAACUAGCCCAAGGUCACCCAGCAGCUGCAUGUGGAGGAGCGGAGACGCGAACCCGGUUCAUCAGAUUACGAGUCUACCGCUCUUAACCACUACACCACACUGGCUCAGAGGUCUUUUACCUUUUUAAAAAAAUUCUGUGUUAACAUAAAUACUACAUUUAAUUCUUAUUUAAUGUAGCCUUUUUCGCUCUCUUUGCAAACCCUUUUGAUAUCUGAAGAAAAGCAGUAUACAAAUACCGGAAAUAAAUAAUAAUAAAUGCUUGCUGCAAAUCUGGCUUUAAACACUGAGUCUUAAGUUUCCUAUAGUGAAAGAAGCCUUUUAUGGGUCUGAUGUCAGAAAGUUCAGAAAUAGGAUUUUUUUUAAAAAAAGUUUAUUUGACUGACCAAGGGUGCAUCUACACACAGGGGGGGAAAGCCUAUUAAAAUUAAAUCAUUAUAACAAAGGGGGGAAAACGCUAUGGAAAAAUCACACAGAAAUUCUUUUGCUCUCUGGCACCAUCUGGUGUUGCAUGUUCAUAACGCAUUCAAAAUACUGUUUUUUGACUAAUGUAGCUGAGUUAGAAUAGAUUUAGUCCCUGAGCCUGAGGUUUCCCAUACUUGUUCUACUCCAGCCCAAUUUUUUCAAGGCCUCAGAUAUCAGCCUUUCCAGUCUUUGUAUCUGAAGCUCCAGUUUUGUUAAACUGGAGAUACCAGGGAUUAGAUCUCAGACCAAUUCAGCCAGCUAGCCCUGGGGAUUAUCUAAUUGAUUUUUUAUUUUUAUUGUUAUUCAUGUUUUUACACUGUAUUUUAUGCUUUUAUAAUUAAGUGUUUUAAAAGUGUUUUAAAUUUGUUGUUUGCUGCCCUGGGCAGGGUAUAAAAAUUUUAUUAUUAUUAUUAUUAUUAUUAUUAUUAUUAUUAUUUCUUCUUCAGGUCUUCUCUGCUCUGCUCCUGAGCUACACAACUGCUCUCUCUAAUCUGCCCUAUUAUAAGCAAGCAUUGGUCUUUAGUUAGUCAUGCCUUAGAACGAAUUAAUAGGACUUAUUUACAACCAAUUUUAGCUAGACCAGGGUCCAUCUAUUUUAUCACUGACUAAAUUAUGGUACAAAUUAGUGGAUAUUCUAACAGAAGAAGCUGUGUUGGUCCGUUUAGAAACAGAAAAAGAAAUUGCAACCCAGCACCAAUUAGAAACUUUGGCAAUUAAGUGGUCUAUGAGUAGCUUAAAUAAUAAUAAAUAAAAACAAUAAGAGGAAUACACAGAGAAAUGUUUCAAGGGGUAGCGCUUAAAAAUAGAAUUUUAUUUUUAGACUCUAGUGUUCCUAUUUCAGGAAGAAAAACGUUGCAGCACUAAUGUAAACAAACCAUUAUCUCUUUUGUAGCUGGCCAGUCUGGUGUGCUUGAUAAAACCAUUUCUUGUGUAAUGAAGGGCAAGCCUCCAGCUAAAAAGGUAAGCUGGUUAAUUCAAUUAAUUGGUCAUUAAGUGGGUAGUAUUAUAACUUCGAAUCAAGAAUUAUAUUUUUAAUAAAGAUCCCAUGGGCAAUAACUUAAUUUUUGUAACAUAUUUUGAGGCAGUAUUCUUUAAAUUAUUUAAGAUCAGAAAGGUUGUCGCCCAAAUUCAAAACGCCUUGUUUGGUUUUCGAACAUUUCGGAAGUUGAACGGACUUCUGGAACGGAUUCCAUUCGACUUCCAAGGUACCACUGUAUUUUACAUAAGCCAGGCAUGUCCAAAGUCUGUUUUGGGGGCUAAUCCGGCCCCUGUGGCAGUUUAUUUCCUGGGGUAAAAUCCUUUAAAAAGUGCAAUAGCUUCAAUCCUAAAAAAAAGGUUAAAAACUUAGGUCGGCCCUCACGACCCUUCACUUCAUCAAAUCUGGUCCUCUUUGAAAAAAGUUUGGACAUAAGCAGACUAGAGGGAUCCUUGGGGGGCGGGGAACCUGAGAAAUUGUUUUGCAAUAUUCAAGUGAAGUUUUUUUGGUUCCAUUGUGUAAAAUGUACACCACAAAAUCUUUUGUAGUACGAUGGAUACACAUCCUGUCCCCUGGUAACCAACUACAACCGCGCGAUCCUGGCAGAAUUUGAUUACAGCGCGCAGCCUUUAGAAACAUUUCCUUUUGACCAGAGCAAGGAGCGGCUGACAAGUUUUCACAUGAAAGCUGAUCUCAUGCCAUUCCUUUACUGGCAUGGGCUAUUGAAGUAAGUAUCCCUUGUGUACAUAUGCCAAACUAACUUGAGCGGGUUUUGGAAAAACCGACCGACGCAAAAUCCAAGGGCACUUUUUGCGGCACAGGUUUCUGCAAUGCCGCAAACAAGCUGCACAUUUCUUAACUGCAGAGGUAGGUUUUCGUUUGAACGGUGAAUGUCUAAAAUAAAAGCCAUUUGGACCGUCAUAGAGAAAAUUUAACAUCUUAUAUUGGGGGAGGAAUUAAAGAUGCAGUUAUGUGUUUCAAAGAUGCUUUUAUAGAGGGAAGUUCUAUAUGUCCUAUCAGUUUAAUGCCGAAGUACACAAAACAAGCAAAAGGGAGGUGGGUGGCGCUGUGGGUUAAACCACAGAGCCUAGGACUUGCCAAUCAGAAGGUCGGCGGUUCGAAUCCCCGCGACGGGGUGAGCUCCCGUUGCUCGGUUCCUGCUCCUGCCAACCUAGCCGUUCGAAAGCACGUCAAAUUGCAAGUAGAUAAAUAGGUACCACUCCGGUGGGAAGGUAAAUGGCGCUUUUGUGCGCUGCUCUGGUUUGGCAGAAGCGGCUUAGUCAUGCUGGCCACAUGACCCAGAAGCUGUACGCCGGCUCCCUCGGCCAAUAAAGCGAGAUGAGUGCCGCAACCCCAGAGUCAUCCACGACUGGACCUAAUGGUCAGGGGUCCCUUUACCUUUACUUUACACCAAACAAGCACUUUAAAUUAAAAAAAGUUUAGCAAUCUGCCGUUCCAAAUGGUUUGAUGCAGCUUUCGACUUACAUAGCUGCAGAGAGGGAAAUUUGACUUGCCAAGUUCAUUUUUCAGAGGGAUAGCUUUAACUACAGUCCUAAUGCCUGGGUUGGCCAUAGUGAGGCUGGACACAGCCAUCGCCCCAAUUUAGGGUCAUAAGAGUCUGCUGGAUCACACCAGUACCCCCAUCUUGUCCAGAAUCUGGACAACUUGCUGCCCAUGGCAAGCCCACAAGCAGAACCACCUCCUAGGAGAAGCUGCAAUUUCCAGCAGUUAAGUAUUCAUGUCCUCCAUCAAUUUGUUUUAUCCUCUUUGAAAGAGAUCCAAGUUGGAGGCCGUCAAGGCAGGGGAGCAGGGAAGAAUGGCCCUUUACUGAGCCAUCUCUCAGGCUGGUGCAGCAAAGAUGCCCAUUACUGUCAAAGGACAACUCUCGUGCCAGCCCCAGAAAACCCCGAUUUCAUGGGCUUCUGCCUGCCUGUUUGGGUGGGUACACCCAAGGGCACUCCCUGACAGUGGAGCUCAACUGUUGACAGUACCAGGCAGGAUUGAGCUGAGAGACAACUCCACUCUAUCCAAAACUCCUUCCGCACUGCGAUUCAGGGGUUUGGAUUGCUCUGUUACAGUUCAGCAGCUUGUAGCUCCAUUUGUAACUAAAUUUGACUUGCAAUUAUUAUUGGGGUCAACUGUACUUUUAAUAUACCAGACAGGAUAACUCUAUAGUAAACAAAGUUAUACGUACAGUCGUACCUUGGAAGUCGAACGGAAUCUGUUCCGAAGUCCACUCAAUUUCCAAAACCUUUGGAAACCAAAGUGUGGCUUUUGAUUGGCUGCAGGCAGCUCCUGCAGCCAAUCAGAAGACGUGUCGGAUGUCGGGGUUCCAAAGAAUGCUUGCAAACUGGAACUCUCACUUCCGUGUUUGCAGCGUUUGGGAGGCAAAACGUCCAAUUACCUAGGCAUUUGGGAUCCAAGAUACGACUAUUUCAUUUCAUUGUCCUAAAGAAAAAAGUGUUUUUGGUAGGUAAUGUGUAUUUAAAAACAAACACAAGUAUUGUAUUGUCCCCCCACAUUUUUGAAAGAACAAUUUUCCCCUUGGUUUCCAAAUUUUACAUCUCAGAUUAAACACAAGCUAUAUGAACAAGUGGAUGCGGGUGGCACUGUGGGUUAAACCACAGAGCCUAGGAAUUGCGUAUCAGAAGGUUGGCGGUUCGAAUCCCUGCGACGGGGUGAGCUCCCGUUGCUCGGUCCCUGCUCCUGCCAACCUAGCAGUUCGAAAGCACGUCAAAGUGCAAGUAGAUAAAUAGGUACCGCUCUGGUGGGAAGGUCAACGGUGUUUCCGUGCGCUGCUCUGGUUCGCCAGAAGCGGCUUAGUCAUGCUGGCCACAUGACCCGGAAGUUGUAUACCGGCUCCCUCGGCCAAUAAAGUGAGAUGAGCGCCGCAACCCCAGAGUCGGUCACGACUGGACCGAAUGGUCAGGGGUCCCUUUACCUUUACCAUAUGAACAAGUCAUCACUGCAGCAAAUAGCAACCAUUUCAAUUUAUAUUCUGUAAUGCCAGUUACAUAGCUUACGCAAAUAUGAGAAGGGAAUCUUGAUUGUAAGGAAAGCACCAACAUUAAAUACAAAAAGUUUUUUUGGUGAAUAGGAUGUUGAAGUGGUCUUUAUCCCAGUUCUAACCCUUGAAAAAAUUCUUCUAGGGGAUACUGGGGAGGUCCAGCUCCGAUACGAAAGCUGUUACACCUAGGGUUGAAGUAGCCGCCAGUCCUUUUGUACCUGCUACGAACCACAACAGUACGACCACAGCUUUAAAAGGUAUACAGCAAGAUAUAAACCGAUGUCCUGUGCAGUAUAUCAAUAAACAUUUCUGAGCAGAGACAAGAGCUUCAGACUCAUAAGUACUUGGAUUUUAUGUAUUAUUUUUUUAAAGCAAAUACACUUGGUACUUUUCAAUGUCUUUGUAGGUCCUGAAUCUACAUUUUAAAGAAAACUUUAUCCAGCUAGUAAAUGAACUAUCCAGCAUAGUGUAGCAACAGCUGCAUUUUUAGCUGUUGACUUUCUAUUUUGAGUCUACCCAUGAGAUAAUAUACGGAGUUGUGUUAGCUCAUAUAUGUGCUCUCUUCCCAGCUUUAACAGCUGGUGUGGUGGCUAACCGUUGACCUUGAAUGAUCCCAGUUCAAGAAGUGUUACAAGUCUGUAAUACAGAGAUACUGUAAUGGACUACCUUACAAAUCCGUCAGAAGGGCUACAGGGAAAAUUCAGAAAGCGUUCUAUAAAAUGUCAUAUCGUCGUUACAAUUGUACCAACUCCUUAUCAGCAAGUGUCUCCUUACAUAGAACUUAUAUUUGUAACAAAUAUGGAACGUUCUGCACUUGUUCAAUGAAAACCAGGCUUUAUUUUGUGGCCUUUUCUAUCAGUACUGCCAAUAUCUGCAUUGUUAAGCGUAUUGUACCACACUGCUUAAGUCAAUAUUCCCUAGAUAGCAGCCAAGUAAGUGGGAACUAUCUCAACUGCCUGUUUCCUACGAUUUGUCAGCAAUUGCAGAAUUUUCUUCUGUUGGGGAGGAGUCAUGGCUCAGUGGGAUUGAUCCUAUGUUUUGUAGGCAGUGUCCCAGGUACAAUUGCUAAUUCAAAGAAUGAGAUGGGUGGUGUAAACACCUUUUUGCCUGAAAAGCAGUUGCCAGUAAGCUAAGCUAGAGGAGCUCUGGGGUGGCCAGGAGCACAUUUGCCAGCAAGGAGCACAUUUGCUGUUUGCCAGGAGCACCCAUUUCCUUGAGAUGCCCAAUUUGAUCAGUGACACACGCUAUAGUUACAGCAUGUUGUUGUUGUUGUUUAGUCGUU